AUGACGGAUUUCCGGCUUUGACGGUUGUCGAAGAGGAAAGAAUAAUGAUGAACACAGCAGGAACACAAAUUUCGGAAAGUAGCAUUUCCACCCUCGACACGGAUUUUGAUUCCAUUUCGUCUAAUCAGCCAUCUUUGAGUGAUGAAAAAUUCAAUAAUUUGAAAGAAGAUUUCAAAGACGAGGAACAUCGAAAGGAUAAUGAUAAUUUUUGGAAAGAUACCAAAGAAGGGAACAAAAAAAUAGACGUGCAUCUUCGUGAAAAUGAACAAAAUUUAAAUGAACGUACGAAAUCGUUGUCUAACGCGAAAGAAACUGUUGUAAACAAAAUUUUCGAAAAAGUACAAGAAAAUAAUAAUACAAAUUCUUCGGGAGAUUGGAAAGACAACGUUAACGUAGAAAAUCAUCAUUCUACAUUAAACAAUUCACAAGAUAAUAAACAAAUGCGUGAAAAUGUUGAUAGAAUUAACAUCAACGAAAAAAGAGAGAUUUUUAUUGAAAAAAAGAUAAAUGAUAAAACACCAUUGGAUAUUUUAGAAGAUUAUGCUAAUAAAUGUAAAAUAAAUAUUCAAUAUCAUUGCGAGAAAAAUAAAUGCAAUCGUUUCGUUAUCACCGGAAAGUUAUCCGAAUUUUCUGCAACCGAUUGCGGUGAUACAGAAAUUUUGGUUAAAAAUAAUAUAGCAAAAAUAAUAUUGCAAAAUAUAGCCGAUCAUCAGAUGAAUGACAAAGAUAUGAAACAAUUGUUGGAAUUAUCUCGAGAACAAAUAUUAGAAAUAAUUAAUUUUGGAAAGGACGAUACCAUAGAGACACCAUUAAGAAAGGUUUACAUGCUUUGUAUAAAAAAGGGGGGUCCCCCACCGAAAUACAUAACAGAAAUGAAAUACAGGCACGAAGGUGUUAAAUUUGUAGCCAAAUGUGUGGCUCUCGAUCACGUCAUCGAAGGACAAGGUAGUAGCCAUCAAAAGGCCAAAAAAUCAGCCGCGGAAAAAUUCUACGAGAAAUAUUUGAACCUAGGAGAAGAUGACGAUGAAAGAGAAAGUGGAGGGGGUGGAACAGAAAAGAAAAAUUUAUUUUCAACAUAAUAUAAGUUUUUUUGAACGACCAAUAAUCGUACAAAACUUUGAAAAUAAUUAAUAAUAUCAUCAAUGCCAAUAUAAUGUUUAAAAU